CAAAAAUAACUCUGGCAGGUUUCAACCAGACGGACCAGGCCCUGGCUGUUUAUCUGCAGCAGCAGAGCGGCAGCAGCAGCAGCCAGGAGAAGAUCUGGACCCAGGGCGAGAAGUCCAGAGGAAUCUGGGUCGCUACGGACGCCACCUUCCAAACGUCACAGCCGGCCAAGGUGGUUUUCGUCAGCACCUGCAGGAACUUCUGGGACUGUGGCUCAGUGGCUCUGGACGACAUCAGCGUGAAGCUCGGAGACUGUGAGCUGACGGCAACAGGCUCGUUGUUGUCACCUCUGCCCGGUCACUGUGACUUCGAGGCCGGUCUGUGUGGAUACACUCAGGACAAACAGACGGAUGCUGCGGACUGGGAGUGGAGGAGAGGACCCACCCCGACCUCGUACACGGGCCCAAGAGGAGACCACACCACAGGACUGGGACACUACCUGCACUUGGAGGCCUCGCACAUGCUGCCCGGCCAGAGGGUCCGGCUGCUCUCUCGCCCUCUGAGGGGCUCCAGGGGGCCUCAGUGUCUGAGCUUCUACUACCACAUGUACGGCUCCGGCACCGGCCAGCUCAGCGUGCACCUCGACAAGGGCGGAGAGGACGUGUUGCUGUGGCAACAAAGAGGCGAGCAGAGCAUUGGCUGGCUGAGGGCCAGAGCGGAAUAUCAGAGCAACAGCCAGCAUCAGCUUGUGUUUGAAGCAACCAGGGGUCCAUCAGUAAGGAGUGACAUCGCCAUUGAUGACAUUAUCUUGGAAGGUGGACCUUGCCCAGAGAUGGAGAUUCAAGCCACCGUGGGAACCUCCAAUGAGAUCGAGUAGAAAUCAGCUCUGUAGGAUGCAUGAACCCUGGUAUUACACAUUGUUUUUGCACCUCACAGACGACUCAGCGUGUUGUCGACAACAUGUCCGUCAGAACUUGUAGGAAUAAAUUUGGGUGAAACUCAUCAUGUAGUUCUGUUUUCAUGGAGCAAAACAUAUCAGUUGUGUCACAGCGGACAUUUCUUUCUGCACCGUAUCAACAGAGUGUUAAACUGUGUUUGUCUGCACAUUUAUAUGCAUUAGAUUAAUGCUCAAAUAAAGUGAGACGGUUCUUCUA